AUGUCUGCGCCGACGGCGGCUCCCAAUCCAUACUCGCAGUACUACCGCCCUGCGCCUGCAUCGUACCCCACCCAGCCGCUGCCGAGCCCGACGAGCCCCGUCCGGCCGACCGCUGCACAGCCGGCGUCCUCCGCCUUCCCGCCGCACUCGUACAUACCUCCGUCCUCGUACGCGGUCCCCGCCCACCCACUCACCCCGGCCCACUCCUCGUUCCCUGGCCCAGCCACCAACCCAUACCCGUCCCCCGACUCCCCCGCGCACAGGCGGCCGUUGCCCACCCCCGCGAGCCGCCCCGGCUCCAUGGCAUCGCCCCGCCCAAGCCCGUCCCCGUCCCACCGCCCGUCCUCCUCCGUCUCCUCCGUCUCCUCAGCCUACUCCGCCUCAGCCAGCCCACCACGGCCCCUUCCCCAGCCCGGUGCUGUGCCCCGCGCCCGGGACCACAGCCCGUCCCGGUUCGCGCCGUUCCCCCGCUCGUUCCCCGUCUCCGACCUCGCGCGCGGCGCCAGCCCGCCCAAGCCCCGCGGCGCAGUGCCAGAAGGUGCGUUCCCGCCGAUCAAUGGCAGGAGCGCGGGCGGCGGGCCGCUCAAGGCGCUGCCGACGCCCGCGAUGGCGUCGUCGCCCUUCCACCGCGCGUAUGGUAGCCCCCCCAAGGCUCUCCCGACUCCUGCGAUGAACGGGUCCGCAUAUACCCACCCCCUCCCACCAGGCAGCGGCAGCCCCAGCCCGCCGCGCGCCCCCAAGGCGCUCCCCACCCCCGGCGUAUACGCCUCUAACGGGAACGCAAGCGGAAACGGGAACGGAGCGGUCUUCCCCGCGCCCCCGCGCGCCCUCGGCCGCAGCGCGAGCGAGAAUCCGCCCGCCCCCAGCGCCCCGCCGGACCACCGGCAGAAGUUCGUCCCCCACUGGAAGCGCGCGCUGCCCACGCGUCCGCUCCCGCCCUCGCCCGCACCCCCCCAGGAGCCGCAGCACGCAUGGCAAGGAUCCCAGAUACGCGUGCGGUCGCUCCCGCAGCCCACGGCGCGCGAGGGGGAGGGCCGUGAGCGGGAGGGGGCGUUGAGGCGGAUAGCGGGGGCGGGCCCGGAGCCGCCACCGCACGAUCGGCAGGCGGAAUCAGCGCAUAAACGGGAGGCGGAACCUGCGCAUAAACGGGAGCCAGAACCGGAGAGCCCGCAGUACGGCAUCCGCGACCUGCCGGCACGGGCGCGGGCGCAGACGACGUCUGCGACGCUCCGCAUGGCUGAGCUCUCGUUGCGCUCUGGGGAUCUUGCGCAGGCUCAAUCUCACGCUCGGUCUCAAGUUCGAUCUGCCCAAGGCGCAUCCCAGUCCCAGUCUCAAGCUCAAGCUCAGACGGCGCCGCGGACGCACGCGCACACGCAGUCCCAGCCGCAGCUCCCCACCCAGUUGGAGUCGCGCUCGCACUCGCAACCGACCUCCGCGUUCCGCGUGCCCCCACCGCACCCGCGCCCCCCUCGCGUCGACUCGCCGCUCCCCAGCGCGUGGCCCGCGGGUCUCCCGCCCCUCCCCCGCGUCCCCACACCCAACGCCGGUCCCUCACCCACGCCGGACGCGCACCCCCCGCCUGCGCGCGGGCAGAGCCUCGGCUGGCGCGUGCCAGAUGCACCUGCGUCGAAUAAUAUCCAUGUCCGCACGCAGGCGCCCCCUGCGCCCCACCCCGCGUCCCCGUCGCCACCCAGCAGCGUGACGUCCCCAGCGAGCGCGACGUCGACCUUUACGCUCUCGUCCUUCCCUUCGCCCCCCGAGUCUGCGGCAGCGUGGCGCCGGGGGAACGCUGCUGCUGCUGCGAGUACAGACGCGGGCGAGAGCGCGAUCCCGAAGAUGUGGGGUGCGAACGCGGACGGGAAGCCACGCAAUGCUGCUGUCCCUCCAGCAGAGCCUGCCGUCUCGGUCCCGACGAUCUCUCUCCCCGGCGAUGCCGACGACGAGAACGACGACGAUGGUGUGCCCACCAUCGCGAUCUCCGUCACCGACGCGGACUCUCCGCCGCGCAUCGCGGUCACCGGCGCCUCGGCGUCCACGGAGAACGCGCGCACGGCCUCGCCGCCGCAGGGCACGGUGUCUUCGGGGUCGAGCCAGUCGAGCGCGUCCUCGCUGCGGCGCGCGGAGCCGCCGCCGCGCAAGAUCUUCAAGCCCGCGGGGGGCUCGCUCGCGUGCGGCGGGUGCGGCGGCGCGAUCGUCGGGCGCACGGUGAGCGCGAUGGGCGCGCGGUGGCACCCGGGGUGCUUCCGCUGCUGCAUCUGCGACGCGCUCCUGGAGAACCUGAGCUCGUACGAGCACGACGGGCGCGCGUACUGCCACCUGGAUUAUCACGAGCGGUUCGCGCCGCGGUGCUACCACUGCCAGACGGCGAUCGUGGACGAGCGGUUCAUCACGCUGGACGACGCGGAGCUCGGGCAGCGGACGUACCACGAGCAGCACUUUUUCUGCGCCGAGUGCGGGGACCCGUUCCUCGCGCCGUCGGCGGGCGCCGCGCGGCACUUUACGGGCGACGGCGCGUUCGCGGGCGGGGAGGACGACGAGGUCGGGUUCACGGUGUACGGCGGGCACCCGUACUGCGCGUCGUGCCACGUGCGGCUGCGGAACCCCAAGUGCAAGAGGUGCCGCCGCCCGAUCCGCGAUGGCGCGCGGGCGGUGGAGGCGCUCGGCGCGAAGUGGUGCUGGGAGUGCUUUGUGUGUGCGGGCUGCGAGCGGCCGUUUGAGGACCCGGCGUUCUUCCAAAGGGAGGGCAGGCCGUUCUGCGAGCAUUGUUUCAGCGUCAUGAUCAAGAGCGAGAUGUGA